AUGGGUUUCGUUGUCACCUCGCUAAUCUUCCUUGUCGUCGGAAUCAUCGCAUGCCUUUCUACAAGAAUUUGCUUCAACAAAGGACCUUCUGCUAAUUUAUUUCACCUCACUUUGGUCCUUACUUCUACAAUAUGCUGCUGGAUGAUGUGGGCGAUUGUAUAUCUGGCACAGAUGAACCCCCUCAUAGUUCCCAUCUUGAGUGAUGGCGAAUAA